AUGGUGCAGGUAAACGGGAGUAUUGAGAAAACGAAAGAGGAAUUAAUUAAUGACUUCAGAAAGUAAUGGACGACAGAUUCAAUGCGAAGACAAACUCUCUAGACCUUUCCGAUUUUUCGAAAGACGAGGAAUUCGUCAGAAGAGACAUGCUGAUUUGCCUGACGAAAGCAAGUGUAAUGUCGGCGGUUAUCAACUGGAUCGGACUGAAGUAUCCGAGAAUCACCGCCAUUUCUCUCUCAGUGCGUCGAAAAUGUCUCUUAUUCUUGAAAAUUCACUGAUACUUUCCAGAACAACCGCAUUUGCCACCUUGAAAACCUCCUCCCUUUGGCCAAUAUUAUCAAAAAUCUGAAGACACUGGAUUUGAGCCAUAAUCAUGUAAAUAGUCGUGAAUUCUCCGCUUUAUGCUGUGUUUAUGUUCAGAUUUCAUCGCUAGACGAGCUGGGAAAGUUGCGCAAGUUGGCCGUGGAAGAGCUGGCUGUUGAGGGAAAUCCGGUGUGCGAAAAGUUUUCCCAAGUGUCCGAAUACAUAAAUUUCAUCAGCAAAAUAUUCCCGAAUUGCACGGAGCUGGUAGUUGAGAUCAUUAUUCUCUCAGCUCACAAACCCUCACUUUCAGGACGGAAUUGAAGUGAAGCAGAAAGUAGAACGCCAUUUGCGGCCAGAAUAGAAACGCUUCCGUUCAGAGUGAGUGUUGCUCGACUGAUUCCAGAGAAAAUCCGUUUCAGGGCGGAUACUAUGGAAGUGAAAAGAUACGAACUCUCGUCGAAGAGUUUCUUCUGGCAUAUUACAAAAUUUACGACGGUUCGGACGGCCAGCAGACGAGAAAACAACUGAUAGACGCUUACGAUGUGGAUAGUGUGAGCAGAUUUUAAAAGUAACCCGAACAAACGAGAAUGAUUUCAGUCAACGCUCACUCUCACAAUCCAAUGCCUCUGGGAUCCGGCCAAAUACAUUCUUUACCCUGACAGGUAGACACGCUUGUAGGAUUGCAAUCACUUGAUCUAACUUUAAGUACAAGUUAUCGUUUGUAUCUGCGCAAUUCGCAUAAUGUCCUCCAGCAGGAAUUCUUUGCUGGAAAUCGUUCCGAAAGAGUGUUCCACGGGGCAAUGGAUAUUGCGGUGACCCUAUCGAAACUGCCGGCCACCUAUCAUUUGUUGGAGACGUUCGUGGUCGACGUCUUCCUCUUUUCGGUCAGAUCACCAUUUCUGCACUUAAAAAUUGACUAAUUCUAGGAAACGCUGCUCGGUUUUACUGUUCACGGGCUAUUCCGCGACGGCGUGUGUGUUACCAAUCCGACGAAAGCGAACGACAUGACGGAGAACUUCUUCACGAGAACCUUUUUGGUGGAGCCCAGAGGCGAAGGGCAAGCGUGUUCUCUUCUUUUCUGUCGUUAUCCUCAAAAUUUCAGACAAGUCGCUGUAAUUUCUGACCAGUUAUUCAUCAGUUCCAUGUCGAACAAUCGUCUCAAAAGGCACCGUUCACUGCUCGCAUCCGCUUCCUGA